CGUGAUGGCGCGCACUGUGGCUAGCUGGAGCAUGGCAUGGAUGAGUCUGGAAUGCUGUACACAUGGAGCUCCACGCGAGACAGCGGGACUCAGUGUCUGCCAAAGGUAGUAUUUAUCUGGUGUGCACUCCCCGCCCUGGAGGCAUUGACCAUACUCUUUUCAUACGCCGAAUUUGGGCGAAUUCUACUCAAUCUAGCACUUCAUUGGUCUCGCGCCAAGUAGCAUCAUGGCCGCCACAGCCCAGCCUAUUGCUUUGACUCCUGGAGUGGUAGUUGGUGCUACGCUCCAAGUCACACAGACGAAGGAGCGAGAAUGGCCACUGGAAGUGGAGAAAGUCCCAAUCCCGUUCUGGGACACGGGAGUGUUCGUCACAGAACUCGCCAACCUCAACAAGCUACCUAUGAAGUUUGAACAUCUCACUGAAGAAGAAAAAGCCGCAGCACACCAAAACCCAGAAGCACUGUUCCAAAAAGCUCAAGACAAUGCACCGGAGGCCAUUUCAGAGGGCACUUACAGAGGAACACAGCUCGCCCUGACCAAGGUGUACCAAUUGAUUGAGAAAUCUUACGAGUCGUUCAUGGACACGGCGAAUUUCGAGCCCUCAAUUCCUUCUCCUCUGAGCCUCGAACAGAAGCGAAGAAUCUUCUCUUUCACCGAUCCGGCUACGGAUGGGUACCCACCACAUCUCAACCUUGCUGCCAACAAGUCAUUUGCCGAGGACAAAGCAGCACCGAUGCAGAAAUCAACCCUGACACAAGGAGACCUCUUCAAUAAAAUGCGCCUGGCACAAUUGACUGCACUUUUGCCACAGCUCGUUCCCAAGACGUUCCUUGGUAAAGCUGCUGCUGGUGCAGGGCAACUUGUUGCUGAGCUAGCGCUUGGCGACAUGGGACGCCCCGAUGAAGGCCAGACUCUUGCCGAUGUGGAAGAAUACAACAAGAAGCAGCGUGCCAAAAGUGGCAGCUUCUUUCAGCGAAAUGAUAUCUUCAACUUGCCAAACAUUGGAGACAUCCCGGAUUGGUGGAGUGACCGGAGGUUUGCUCAGCAAUUCUUCACCGGGCCUAAUCCUACCACGAUCGAGCCUGCUUCCGACUUCUGGAUAAAGCACUUUAUCGACGACGCUACAAAUGCGCCAGAGGAUCAGAAGAUGAAAAAGAAGAUUCAAGAUCUGGCAAGCAAGGAUCGAGAAUCACUCUACAUGCAAGAUUACAGCUACUUCAGGAAAGCUUGUGGGCUCAAAGACACUGACGAGAUGAAGUGCGAGUUCCAAGAGACUUACAAAUCUGGGCUGGGCACGAAGACCAAAAUCAGCCACCGAUAUGGAGUCGCAGCUGUUUGCCUGUGCCACCUGCCGGAAAAUGGAGUACUCCACCCGCUUGCCAUCGUUUGUGACUGGCGCGGCAGCGCCGAUAAGUCGGUCACAAUCUACAACAAAGAGCUUCCUCAAUCCAAGCAAAAGGAGGACUGGCCGUGGCGAUAUGCGAAGACCUGUGUACAGACCUCAGACUGGAUGCGUCACGAGGUGGUCGUGCAUCUUGUCAAUACUCAUUUCAUCGAAGAGGCUACCAUUGUUGGAGCUCAGCAAGCAUUCGAAGACCAUCAUCCGGUGUUUCAACUCCUGUAUCCACACUGGCAGAAGACAUUGUCGAUCAAUGCUGGUGCUCGAGCAAGUCUAGUGCCAAACGUGAUUGUGGACCUCAUCGGUGUCACAGCCGACCAAGCCAAGACAUUCAUCAUGCACGAAUACAAGAACUUCGACUUCAAGGGUCGCUACGUUCCUCUAGAUCUGAAGCGCCGUGGGUUUCCAACAGAGAAGCGCGACGAUCCCAAGUACCUCAACUAUGCGUACGCUCGAUGCAUCUACUCGAUGUGGUUCAAGAUUCAUUCCUUUGUGACCGAGAUGCUCGCUAUCCACUACGGCAAAGACGGUCAAGACAAAGAUAAGGCCGUACAGGCAGAUCAACACAUCAAGAACUGGUGCAAAUACAUGCAAAGCCCACCAGCACCGAAAGACGGCGGGGCUGAUCUUCCCAGCUUCCCAACAAUCACAAACUUUGCGGAAUUGGUUGAUGCUGUUACCAUGUGCAUUCAUUUGGCUUCACCACAACACACAGCAGUCAACUACCUUCAGAACUAUUAUCAAUCAUUCGUGGUCAACAAGCCUCCUUGCUUGUAUCGUCCAAUCGCGGAAUCUCGCCAAGAGCUGGACAGCUACAAAGAGCAAGAUCUUGUUAUUGCAUUGCCAAUGAAUCGGCCCCGAGAAUGGCUUCUCGCCUCGCACAUUCCAUAUUUGCUGUCUGCGAAGCCGGGGGACAAGGAGUCCUUGAUCAUCUACGCGGCGAGCAAGUAUCACCUUUACAAAGCCAAGACUGGACCUGGAGAGCAAGAGAUCAAACAAGCCGCUGCGAAGUUCUACAAGGCGUUGGCGGAUAGCGAAGAGGAGUUCAGGAAAUUUGGAGAAGAUACCUGGGACUCAGAUUCCAUUCAGUAUAAUGUGCUGAGCCCGAGUUGGAACGCUGUGUCAAUCGUCAUCUAGUCUUGUAGUAUGUAGUUUAUUUAUCG